CAUCCGGGCUUUCAGUCCUAUUUUUAUUUAUCGCUAAAAGUGUGGCAGUAGCAUGUUAUUUGAUACAGGAGUGCUUUUAAACGUGCGCAUUCAACUAGGCGUAAUCCUAGCCGUUUUCUUUGCAUAUUGCAUCAAAAAACUUCUUUUCAAAACUGAAACGGGCAAAUGGAAGUCUCCGUUUGCAGAAGACUCAAGAACUCCUUUAACUCCAUUGAUUAUUGACCAUGCCAAGCGCGAUGAAACCAUGAAAAGAGCGUUCACCAAGAAACUUGCAAACGAAAAGAAAUGGGAUGCCAUUGUAAUAGGUUCAGGAAUCGGAGGACUGUCCACCGCUGCGCUACUCAGCAAAGCUGGCCUGAAAGUUCUCGUUCUUGAAAAGCAUUACAAGUGCGGAGGUGCUUGCCAUACCUUUAGAGAGAAUGGUUACGAAUUCGAUGUCGGGAUACACUACGUCGGCAAUUUCAUCCGCCCAACACUCACUCGAACUUUGCUGGAACAAAUCAGUGAUGGGCAAAUAAAGUUUGCUAAAUUUGAUAACAACGUAGAGCGUUUAAUGUUGGACGUUAUGUCCCCAUCGCGGCGCGAAUACACCAUUUCUUCCGGUCCCGAUGCCUUCGAAAAUCAACUGAUUAAGCAAUUUCCGGACGAAGUUCAAGGAAUCAAAGAGUUCUUUCGUUUGCUUAAACGGGCAUACAACCCUCGAGGAACUAUGGCUUGGUUUGCAGUCAAACUACUACCACUCUGGUUCGUUGAUGUACUCCGAUUUUUCGGCUUACCACGUCUAUUGAGUGAUUUCUAUGCAUUGGGUGAACGCUCAGUAAAAGAAGUUAUCGAGAGCCAUAUAAAGAACAAAGACUUGCAGAUCCUGUUAUCCUAUUCAACAGUUGGAUUUAUUGUACCUCCUAGUCGUAUAAGCUUCCCAAUGAUGUCUUUGCUUCACGUCCAUUGCUGCGAAUAUGGGUCGUGCUACCCGAUUGGUGGGGCUUCUGAGAUGCCAUAUCGAAUUGUGCCGGUCAUUGAGCGAUCAGGUGGUCGAGUUCUAAUGAAGGCUAACGUUUCCCAGAUCCUGACGGAAGGAGGCAAAGUAAUAGGUGUACGAGUUGGCAACAAGGAAAACUUAAUGGUUGAUAUUCACGCUCCCAUUGUCAUUUCGGAUGCAGGUAUGCACAACACUUUGCUGGAUCUUCUUCCGAAAAGUGAAGCCGAAAAGUCGUCUGCCUGGCCACUCACGAAAACUAUCAGACCAUCGGUCGGGAACUUAAGCGUCUUUGUUGGACUUCGUGGCACGACAGAAGAAUUAGGUCUCACUGCGCAGAAUAUUUGGGUCCACGCCGGCUCCAAUCUGGAAAAAAUGUUUGCCGAAAGUUUGGUUAAACCUCUUCCAGAAUUAUUAGCAAAACCUUAUCCGGCUCUUCUGCUGUCAUCAUCGGCUGCCAAAGACCCUUCAUGGAAAAAUCGCUAUCCAGAUCGCAGCACCUUAACAAUAUUAUCGUUCGCUCCAUAUUCUGAGUUCACCCAGUGGUCUGGACUACCGACAAAGAAGCGAGGCGAUGAUUACAAUACUUUGAAAAAUGCUAUAGGACAGCAUAUUGUCGAUGAAGUGACCACUCUGUUUCCCAAAUUGAAGAAUGCCAUAGACUACGUUAAUGUCGGCAGUCCUGUUACGAUUGAGCACUACCUAAGUACCAGAGAAGGGGGCUCGUACAACAUGGAACACGACAUUACUCGUUUUGGCCCGGAACAGGCGGCUCUUUUGCGUCCGGAAUCAGGCAUUAAAGGAUUAUACUUCACCGGUCAAGAUGUGACAUCAUGUGGAUUUGCAGCUUGCUUGUACAGCGGCUUCCUCUGUGCCAGCGUAGUUUUGAAGAAAAGAUAUCUUCUAUUAUGGGAACUCUUUAAUUUACAUAGAAAACUAUAUGGGCUGCCUGAAGGCAGAAACGAUUUGUUUUUCUAACGCUACUGUUUGAUAAUCUUUUGGGUAUUCAGCGACUUUUUUUUCAGGUAAAA